CCACCACGUCCAGGAACUACACCACAAAACAAGCCCCGAACCACGACCCGCCGCCCACCCACUGCACCAUUCCGGGGCGCAAGGCUGAUCCCCCUAUACCUCACCUGCCACCACCCCCGCAAGCUGCCCCGACCCCGUAACCCUGAUUCUGCCGCCUUCCACUCCUCGCCUACACCAGCACGCGAACUUGCCUCCCUGUAUUGCUACCUGACGCCCGCCCUUGAGCUCCGCCGAGGCCACUCCCUAGCCUCGAAACCCGCCCAUUCGUGACCCACCACAUCCGUGCAACAUGGAGGCAAAUCAAAACGACGAGCUCUACCCGAUCGCCGUUCUCAUCGAUGAGCUAAAGCACGACGAUGUACUGCUGCGAUUGAACGCGAUCCACCGCCUGAACACAAUAGCACUGGCAUUGGGCGCCGAGCGGACGCGGGACGAGCUCAUACCCUUCCUAGACGAGUCUGUCGAGGACGAAGAUGAGGUGCUCACUGCAUUGAGCGAGGAAUUGGGCAAGUUCGUCGAGUAUGUCGGCGGUCCCGAAUACGGGCAUGUGUUGCUCUCACCUCUGGAGAACCUCGCGGCGAUAGAAGAGCCGCUUGUUCGAGAGAAGGCUGUCGAAUCGCUGAACAAAAUUUGCGAGGAGCUCUCACAGCAACAGAUUGAGGAGUUCUUCAUCCCGCUCGUCAUGCGCCUAUCAAAGGCCGACUGGUUUACCUCAAAAAUUUCCGCGACCGGCCUCUACUGCGUCCCUUACACCCGAGCCACGCCGCCGUCGCAAGAAACCCUCAGACAGCACUAUGGCCAGCUUGUGCACGACGAUACCCCAAUGGUCCGGAGACAGGCAGCGAACAACUUGGCAAAGUUCAUCAAAUGCAUGCCCCCAGCGAUUGUGAUUGAGGAGAUGAUCCCCCUCUUCCAGCACCUUGCGGCGGAUGACCAGGACAGCGUCAGGCUUCUGACGGUAGAUAUUCUCAUUGCGAUUGCAGAGGCAGUGCCAAAGGAGCAGCAGUCGAGCCAUGGCGUGUUACUCACAGCUCUGCGAAGCUUAUUUGAAGACAAGAGCUGGAGAGUGCGCUACAUGGUGGCAGACCGAUUCGAGAAGAUCGCGAAAGCCGUCGACGAAGAGGUUGUCAACCGAGACUUGGUGCCUGCUUUCGUCAAGCUCCUCAAAGACACGGAGGCGGAGGUACGGAGUGCUAUCGCGGGGCAGAUUCCUGGCUUUUGCGCCCUGCUGGAACGGGAGACGCUCCUCCACGAGGUCAUGCCGAGCAUCGAGGAGCUUGUCUCCGAUCAGUCGCAGCAUGUUCGUGCUGCUCUUGGCACCCAGAUUAGCGGGCUGGCCCCGAUUCUCGGAAAAGACGAAACCAUCUCACAUCUUCUUCCUAUGUUCCUGCAGAUGCUCAAGGACGAGUUCCCCGAUGUCCGGCUGAACAUCAUUUCAAAGCUUGAGCUCGUCAAUAACGUAAUUGGCAUUGAACUCCUUUCUCAGUCCCUCCUUCCCGCCAUCGUCCAGCUCGCCGAGGAUAAGCAAUGGCGCGUGCGAUUGGCUAUCAUUGAAUACGUUCCUCUGCUUGCCUCCCAGCUCGGCGUGAAGUUCUUCGACGAGAAGCUGAGCAGCCUCUGCAUGAGCUGGCUGGGAGACACCGUCUUCUCUAUCCGCGAGGCCUCAACACAGAACCUCAAGAAGCUCACCGAGGUAUUUGGCGUGGAGUGGGCUAAUGAGGCUAUCGUCCCCAAGGUCAUGGCCAUGGGCCAGCACCCCAACUACCUCUACCGAAUGACCACCUGCUUUGCUGUUUCGACUCUUGCGCCCGCCCUCAGCCUUGAUGUGAUCGAGGCCUCAAUCCUCCCCAUGAUGGACAGACUCGUUAACGACGACAUCCCCAACAUCCGCUUCAACGUUGCCAAGUCGUACGCUGUCCUAAUCGAUACCCUCAAGCAGUUGCCGGAGCAGGGCACUGUCUUGGCGCUGCAGAAGGCAGGCACGCCUGGGCAAGGCUGCCAAAAGGGGCAGGACCUCAUCGCCAAGAGCAUCCUUCCGAACCUGGAGAAGUUGCAGCAGGACGACGAUGUGGACGUCAGGUAUUUCGCAACGACGGCAGCGCAGAGUUAUACAGACGCCAUGCAAACCUAAAGGAGUGGCAGGGAGGGGGAUGUUGUGCAUGGGAUGAGGUUACGAUAAGCAUUCAGAUACAGUUAAUGAUCAGGGCUUUAGAGCGGAGGCGGAGCCUAGGCUUGGUUGAAGGUUUGAGCAUUGCAGCGCGCCCUCUAUACGGGAGUAGGGCAACUCAUGGAACAUAUUGGUCCCUUCUUUCCUUGGCCGCGUCUUACAGCAAUGUCUCAUUCCUGGUUAGCGAGAUGAUGCUGAUGGGUGUACGAGGUAGGACCGCAAGACAGGGCAGA